UUGUGCUUCUCCAAAAACCAUUUUCAGAUGUCACAGGAUCCCACGAUCUCCAAUUUUUUAAAUGGAAAACCCAUCAUCGCACCUGUCGGGCCAUCUUCUUUAUUAACCAGAUUACAAUCGUUCCUGCCUCAAAUGGAAGAAGCCAAUCGAAAUAUGCCGGAAAACGCGUCAGCUGACGCUUUUCAUAUUGAAAAUGUCGAGGAUGACAGCUCGGACGACAGCGAUUCGAAUUCAGAAUCGAUUUCGGAAGAGGUACCUGUCACAACUGACGAAAAGAGCACAGCGAGUAGUACACAGAGGAUUGAAAUUGAUUUAGACGUGUUCAAGGAGAUGAACAGCGCAGUUGAUGACAGAGAUGUCGGAAUUCAGAAUGUCGAAGCUCUUCCAGAAGCAUUUCAGUCAAAAGGAGAGGAUUCGAAACCGGAAAUUACAAAGAAACCGUUGAUUGAAGAAUUAUGAAAUUUAUGUUUUUUCUAUUGUUGUGAAUUUUUUGUUGAAUUUGUUACUUUUUGACCUACCCCUCGAAACAUUUUCUCACAUUGCGAAAUGAAUCAAUAAAAUUUCGAUUUU